AUGAUUCAUGAUGUUAGGCCGAAUCAUUUCCACGAAGAAUCUCUGUUAUCAACAGAUGAGAAUCAAGAAUCAAAUUAUAAUGAUAUACCAUUUGUUUGGCUUAAUAGUGACAUUGAGAAAACAGACGAUUAUAAUGAAAAACAUGAAAAAUGGAUAGAUAAAUAUUCAAAAAUUCGAGGUGUAUAUAUUGAUAAACAUAUUUUAUUUAGUGAAUUAGCAAAAACAGUUCAAAUAUUUGAACAUAAUUUAUUAAAAAUGAGUACUUUACAAGAAAGAAUGUAA